GCAUACAAAGAGUCCUCAUGGAGCCCCUUCCUCACUUGGCCCUCCUCCUCUCCCGCUCCUCGCUAGCAGAGAAAGAACAAGCUCAGCAAGAGGACGAAGAGGAGGAGGAGACCAAUAAACCAAGGCCCAAGCCAAUAGUACCAGAUCAUAGUACCACAGAGAAUUAGGCAAUGGCUCCAAGCAGCUACGACAUGGCAGCCUCCAUCUUGCUCUGCGCCGAGGACCGCAGCAGCAUUCUGGGCCUUGGAGCGGAGGAGGAGGAGGAGGACGUGGUCGUGGGGAGGACGAGGAGCGGGGAGGCCGCCAUGGAUUUCCCCGUGCCGUCGGAGGAAUGCGUCGCCCUCUUGGUAGAGACGGAGACGGAGCACAUGCCCAGGGAGGACUACGCCGAGAGGCUGCGCGAUGGGGUCUUGGAUCUCCGCGUCCGGAUGGACGCCAUCGAUUGGAUUUGGAAGGUUCACACGUACUACAAUUUUAGCCCCCUCACUGUUUGUUUGGCCGUCAACUACUUGGACCGCUUCCUCUCGCUCUACCAGCUUCCGGAAGGCAAGGCUUGGAUGACACAGCUGCUGUCCGUGGCGUGCUUGUCCCUGGCUGCCAAGAUGGAGGAGAUCUCUGUUCCUCUGUCUCUUGACCUUCAGGUCGGGGAGGCACGGUACGUGUUCGAGGCGAAGACGAUCCAGAGGAUGGAGCUCCUGGUCCUGAGCACGCUCAACUGGAGGAUGCGAGCGGUCACUCCUUUCUCGUACAUUGACUACUUCCUCCACAGGCUCAACGGCGGCGAUGCACCGCCCAGACACUCCGUCCUGCGAUCUGCAGAGCUCAUCCUGUGCAUUGCUAGAGGGACGCAGUGCUUAGAUUUCAGGCCCUCGGAGAUCGCCGAGGCCGUGGCCGCCGCCGUGGCCGGAGAAGAGCACGCUGUAGAUAUCGACGAGGCUUGCGCCCACCGUGUACAUAAGGAGAGGGUGUCGCGAUGCCUUGAAGCGAUCCAGGCCAUGGCCCUGCCGGGCACCGUGCUGCUGGCACCUAAGCCUGAAGGCCCAAGCACGAGCAGAGCCUCUUCCUCCGUGCCACAGAGCCCUACCGGGGUGCUGGACGCCGGCUGCAGCCUGAGCUACAGAAGCGGUGACACGACUGUUGCCGCCUCACAUGCAAGCUGCUGCCGUGAUGAGGACGAGAGCUGCCCGGUUGUUGUUAGCAGCAAGAGGAGGAAGAUUAGCAUAUGAUUAGCCCGAUGAUGGACACAAGUCUGUUCUGAUCACCAUCUCCUUCAUAAAAGUCGAGUGGUUUUGAUCGCACUGACUGUGGUGGGAGCUUUCGACGCCAAAGAGCCUGAAAAGCAACCAAAAGCAGGGCAUAUUGGAUAUGACGAUUGAGCAAAGGCGCUGACGAAUAAAGAGGGUCGAUCUGAGGUAGAGAAAUGUGCCGAUUCAUGUGCAAGAGCAAAGGUUCUGCAGAUUGACAAAGCAGGCAGAUAAGGUGAUGGUGACACAAGGCAAGAACUAGGCACUGACCUGCGUUUGUGUUUUAGCUCUGCUUAGUUUGCUUUGUUCUGUAAUUUGCAACCAAAUUUCCUUUGUGAAGAAAAGUCCAAGAGAGAAACAAACAAGCAAUUCUUGCGUGGAAAUAAUCGUUACCCGAUUUAACUCCAAGAAGAAGUUUCUUCAGAAAAAAAUCCAAGAAGAAUCAAAUCAAAGAAAUAAAGACAGAACCCAUAAGAACUGGAAGUGGGUUUCCUUCAGGGGUUAUGAACUAUCAACGUCGCCAAUUAUCGGUUUCUUUUUCUUUGUAUUCACUAUUAGUACUUCGCUGCCACCAAACAUUGUUUGACCGCUUGUCUGCUGCAUAUAUCAUGAAAUUCGCCCCCUUUUAGAAAAUAAUAAAAUAGAGGUGACAUUGUCUGAAGAAACCUCGGGAACACAAGCAUAGAUAAAAGCAGUGCUAGUGCCAUACAAGGAGUGCUUGAGAAUCUGCCCCAAAAAAAUUAUCUGUUGAUGCAAGCUUAUGGGCCUUUCUUAAUUUGGAGUAGUUAUGAAAGGACAAGCAGGAUUAUUCCUUGAUGAGUUGGAUUUCUUUUCAGGUGACAAAGCAUUUGUUUAAUCCUGUCUUGUUCAGUCAUAUAUUCAUAUGUUGCAAGCAAGGACACCUAACUACUGAUAAUGCAAUACUUGCAGACAGGCAUCACUGUUGGACAACAAUAAGCUACUGUUCAAUGCCCACUUGAAGCGGGAAAGACGCAGUUUGAGUGUUUGACAUUUCUUAUCCGGAAUUUAGAGCGUAUAGUUUGUGUAUUUAUAACUGAAAAAACGCUCAUCUGAGUAUCUG